AUGUUGUCCGCCUGGCAAAGUUGGUUGGAUAAACAACGUAAAAAUUGUAACAAAUUCCGAUGGAACAGUUGUGUACAGCCGGCAAAAGCACCAUCCACCGAAUUCGCCUUCACUGAGCAGCAAAACUGGACUCCCGGAUCGCGCCAUCAGAGCCUACCCAGACGAUUGUUCGGAAAUUUCAGAUCGGAAAGAAACAUAAGCGAAGAGGUGGAACAAUCUUUUUUAAAACAUUUUCUUAAAGAACAUGGCCUAUACAAUAAGCAUCAGACGAUACAGCAACGGCGGCGUUUGAAAUAUCUUCUGGAAUUGGAGCAACGUACCUCGCUACUACUUGGAGAGAAGCGUAAAGAUGUGCCGAUCAUGCAAAGUGACACCGGUCCUCGGACAUGUUUGAUCGAGCUUCAUUCUAUGCCAUGCCAUGAACCCAAUGCAACUCCUAAACUGCUCAACGCCAGCUCCGUUCAAUCGCCAAAGCUACGGCGCGGUUGUUCACUAUCGGCACUCGCAUCGACACUCGCAUCGGCAACCGAUUCGAACGGAAACAUCAGCUCAGAUGAGGUAACCGUUUCACUCCCAUCGAUCACACAGGAAGCAAAGGAUACGGCUAAGCCCAAAUGCCUCAAAACAGUUUCAUGGGAAACUUCCUCAACGAGCGUCACUAAGUCGCUCCUGGAAACAGCUGUUUAGAGUGCUUAUCGUAAGUUGUUGGCUUUUCAUAGGAAUAAAAUUUCAUUAUCGUUUCAAAAUGUAAUCCAAAGAC